AGCCGGUCAAUGACGUUCAGCUGCAAGCGCGAGCCGACGAGCGGAACCUGCCUGCUGUUGACUUGGACCAGUUUGCUAACAGUAACUAAAUGCUAUUUAUCACAAGGGACAAUAUUAGUGACCAUAGUUUGUGAUGAACUGCUGCCGCACAUGAAUUAUUUACCCAAAACGAUUCCACAUCACUAUUACUCUGGAUUUAUUGGCAGUAACAUGUGUGAAGAAAAGCGACAGACGGAGGCUGUUUUUACGCAGCUACAACAUGGAAAUAUAUAUGUGGACACAAGCUCCUCGGGCCCUGACGACCUUUUCGAGGACGACUCCUACUCCCCGUCCUCUCUCUCCUCGUCGUCCUCGUCCUCUGUGCACGCGCUGGUCUCCCUGCAGGGGAAACCCCUGUGCACGUCCUGCGGCCUGGAGAUAGUGGACCGGUACCUGCUGAAGGUCAACAACUUGUGCUGGCACGUGCGCUGUCUGUCGUGCAGUGUGUGUAAAGCGUCACUGGGCCGACACGUAAGCUGCUACAUCAAAGAUAAACAGGUUUUCUGCAAACUCGACUACUUCAGGAGCUAUGGGACCCGUUGUGCUCGCUGUGGGCGUAACAUCCACUCCACUGACUGGGUGCGUCGCGCUCGAGGCAGCACCUUCCACUUGGCCUGUUUCUCAUGUAGCUCUUGUAAGAGGCAGCUGUCCACUGGAGAGGAAUGUGGAAUACUGGAGAACAGGGUCUUCUGUCGGCCGCACUAUGACAUCUUGAUGGACAAUAUCAAACGUGUCAAAGACAAUGAAGAACCAAAAGCAGAGGAGGAAGAGGUGGCAGACAAAGAUGACCCCGGCACAACAUCUAGACCUGCUAAAAGGGCCAGGACCAGCUUUACAGUUGAUCAGUUACAGGUAAUGCAAACUCAGUUUGCUAAAGAUAACAACCCAGAUGCCCAGACUCUGCAAAAACUGUCAGAGAGGACUGGUCUCAGCCGCAGGGUAAUUCAGGUCUGGUUUCAGAACUGCCGAGCUCGUCAAAAGAAACACAUUAACCCAAAUCCUGCUUCCUCUUUGACGUCGCUUGGUCCUGGUCAUCUGACGCCACCUUUGAUGGAGGAUCUGCAAUACACAGCCUACAUUUCCCAAGAUCCACCGCUUCUCACUACACUGACUUAUAUGGAUGUUCAACCUCCAGGCCCACUUUUGCUGCAACCAAUCAUUUCCAAUACAAUGACCCAACUGCCAGUUAGUAACAUCUGAUGACUGGAUGAGUGACAGGACAAUGAAGAGAAACAUGUUAAUUCGUAUCAUAAAUUAUAUGGUUAGUACAGUUAGUUCACUGUGACCUGAGAGAAAAUGCUCUUUCACAAAUCACUGAAUUGGUGUAAUUAAACUUCAAGGUAUGAGAAUAAUUUGAAAUUGUGAAAUAUAUUUGUAAGAUGCUUUUGUUUUUUAAUGUUUUUUGUAUUUAUUUUGGAUGUAUGAAAUAUGGCACUUUGUUUACUUAACUUUAAACUACAUAUUUGGUUUUGAUAUAUAAAAGUGAAUAAGAUGUAUAUUGACUACUUGGAAAUUUAAGGUGGCUGUUUAUUUUCAUUUUUGUAUCAUCAAUGGAAACAUGUACAAUGUAUGUGUUGUACAUUAAACAAAAAGUAACUACG